AGGGAGUUACUUUCGCUGGCUCCCUUUCCCACUAUAAUGAGGACUUUAGAUCACUGUGCAGGCAAACAAAAUAUUUAAGGUGUGCUGGCGGUGCAGCACGCGGGAUUACCAACAGCCCCCGACAUUCUCCGUAACUACAGCCAUGCGAAUGGGACUUUUAUGAGCUAUAGGAAUUUGUACUUCACCUGAAAACCCGCACAGCAUCAUUGCUUCGGCCUCUCAAGGUUGGAGUUAGGAGACCACAACUGAGUUUGCUGACCAGCCUACUCUUCCUGUCUGCAAAGAUGCUCAAAGCACCGCUAACAGCCAUCUGUAUUGUCAUUCUGUUCACCAGUGGUAGCCUGGCAAAGCCCAACAGCCAAAAGAACAAGAAGCCAAAACAAGUGGUACCCUCUAUUGAGUGUGAUGUACGCGCAGGCAAGAUCAGCCUCCCAGAAUUCAUUGCCAAAUGUCCAGCCCACUGUAAGGAGACCAAGCAGAGGGUCUAUGGGACAGGAGUGUUUGCCUCCAUCUCCAGUAUUUGCAAUGCUGCCAUCCACAGUGGUGUCAUCACUAAUGCUGGAGGUAAGGUGAUCGUGAGGAAGAUGGCUGGACAGGCAUCCUACAAGGGCAGCCUUGCCCACGGCAUCCGCUCCCUGUCUCUUCCCAACUGGAGGGAGUCCUUCACUGUCGCAGUGGGUAAACCAAAGAAAGGUGUCAUCUAUCCCACCAGUUUGGACUACAGCCCAUCAAGACCCACAACAGUGAAAACUGGCCAGAAGGAAGCCAAAGCACUGCCGGCCUCCUCCGCGUUGCCAGCGACAACAGUGGCCGAGCCAAUUACAACAGCCGCGGUGGAGCCAACCACUACAGCUGCUGCCACGACCACGCCCCCACCGACCACGCCCAUCACCACGCCGGCCGCCACCAACCCGCCAUCAACCACCAGCACCACGACCACUGCCGCAGCCAAACCACGCGCUGCUGUGCACAAAGUCCGCGACGCAGGCAGUGUCCACCCCUACUAUGCGUCUUUAGCCUCAGGAGCCAGUGCAAGACAGUCACAGAGUUCUCAUGGAAGAGCCCAAGCAUUCAGAGGGAGCUCAGCCAUUGCGAAUAGGUUUUCACCUCGACCAAACACAGGUCUGAGAAGACCAGAAACUGUUGGGUCAGCCGUUAGGAGACAACCGGCAUCCCCCGCUGGAACAGGUUUCAACAGGGUGCAGCUGGCUCAGCCUGAGAGGAACCAGCAAGCUGUUCAGACGAACCCCACUUUUGCUAGAAGGGAUUGGCCUCCCUACGGCUACCCACGACCUGAGUGGUAUCCCGGAGCUAGGCGACCUACAGAUGUUAAUCACUCUCCAGAUAUGGGAUACACAUGGACUGAGGGGGACACAGCAGAGACCACAGGCCGGGAUGCACGGCCUGAUAUCACAGACUAUGAACGCUGGUAUUAUAGCUUUGGACAGUACCCGCCUCGAGGCCCUGAGACAGACACUGCUCGUAAAUUGCUCCCUGAGAUGACACACACCAGAGUGGAGCCGCUGGAUGCCUGGAAACCCGAAGUAAACCCUUUCGACCCAGGCUUCAACGUGCGCGAGCAGGACUCCAUACCCAGGGCCCCUGAGCCCGUCGUCUCCCAGGGAGAUCCAAACUGUAAAGUGGACAUUGCCUUCCUUAUGGAUGGCAGCUGGAGCAUUGGGAAGAGGCGUUUUAAGAUCCAGAAGGACUUCCUGGCUGAGGUUUCUCAGGCGCUGGAUGUGGGAGUUGUCGGUCCCAUGAUGGGAAUCAUCCAGUAUGGAGAUGACCCUGUGACGGAAUUCAACUUGAAGGCUUACUCUAGCUCGCGGGAGCUCAAGCCGGCCGUGGACAAAAUCACACAGAAGGGAGGCCUGUCCAAUGUGGGGAAGGCCCUUUCCUACAUCAACAAGCAUUACUUCAGCGAUGCCAAUGGCAACCGUGGAGGAGCGCCCAACGUGGCUGUGGUGCUGGUAGAUGGCUGGCCUACUGACAAGGUGGAGGAGGCCUCCAGGCUAGCCAGAGAAUCUGGAAUCAACAUCUUCUUUGUCACCAUUGAGGGUCCAGAUGAGAAUGAAAAACAAAACGUGGUGGAGCCCAAUUUUGUGGAUAAGGCCGUCUGCCGGACCAAUGGCUUCUACUCCCUGCCAGUGUCCAGCUGGUUUGGUCUGCGUAAGACUGUGCAGCCACUGGUCAAGCGUGUAUGUGACACCGACCGCCUGAUGUGCAGCAAGACAUGCCUGAACGCCAACGACAUUGCCUUCGUCAUCGACGGCUCUAGCAGCGUGGGGACGGGCAACUUCCGCACCGUCCUGCAGUUCGUGGCCAACGUGACACGCGAGUUUGAGAUCUCCGACACGGACACGCGCGUGGGCGCCGUCCAGUACACCUAUGAGCAGCGGCUGGAGUUCGCCUUCGGCCAGCACAACAACAAGGCCGAGCUGCUCAACGCCAUCAAGCGCAUCAACUACUGGAGCGGCGGCACCAGCACCGGGGCGGCCAUCACCUUCGCCGCCGAGCAGCUCUUCAGCAAGUCCAAACCCAACAAGCGCAAGAUCAUGAUCGUCAUCACCGACGGCCGUUCCUACGACGAUGUCAGGGCACCAGCGCUCGCCGUUCACCGCAAAGGAGUAAUCGCUUACUCCAUUGGUAUUGCCUGGGCUGCUCAGGAUGAAUUGGAGUACAUUGCCACAGAUCCAGACAAGGAGCACUCCUACUUCGUGGAUGAGUUUGACAACCUGUACAAGUUUGUGCCCAAGAUCAUACAGAACAUCUGCCAGGAGUUCAAUUCCCAGCCUCGAAACUGAGCGCAGCUUAGCGCCCCGGGACUCUCGCAAGGAACUGCAGAUAACAGGGCUGGGACACUUAACAAACACAUUGCAACAAGAUCAUCUGCUGUUACACAACACAGUAGGAAAAAAAGAUGCAACCAUCACCGGAACAUCCAGUAUUACAACACAGUACUACAACACAUUUACAUGUCCAUAAUGUAAA